CUAACGAACAAUACUGUCCACUUCUUUCAAACAUCGCUAAUGGCUACCUGACAUAUCGAGGACCCCGGUCACUUGGUUCCUUGGCAACACUGCUCUGUAACCCUGGUUACGAAGCACUGAAAAGUAACCUGGCAUGUGCAACGAAGUCAACGGGCGUGGGAGCGUGGGAGUCUCCUGUCUGCAAAGCUUUGAGCGACUAUUGUCCACAAAUGUUCGUGGAAAACGGGAAAGUUGCGUACAACGGAUCGCGAACGGCCGGCAGCACUGCCACACCAGUGUGUAACCAUGGCUACGAGAUUGGAACUGCACCGCAUACGGCCACGUGCAAGCCACUGAGAGAAACACACGGCAUAUGGACCAACUCACUGAAAUGCUCCAGACGCCCACGCUACUGCCACGCCGUCAAUAUUACCUUUGGCAGCAUCUCGUACGACGGUCUCCAUGAGAUUGACUCCGUGGCAUCGCUCACCUGUUUCCACGGUUACGUUGCUGCCGGCGCUUCGACGAUGAAGUGCUUGGCGGGGAGUGCGGACGCCGGGCGAUGGAGUGAGGACCUGUCCUGCAGAGCUUUCUGCCCAGCGGGCGACGUGCCCAAUGGUGUACUGGCGUAUGUUCCGAGAACUCCCCAGGGCACGAAGACGCGGCUCACCUGUCAGCCCGGUCACGAAGCCGUGAACGGCACCGUUCACACGUGUGACGUCUACAACACAACACAUUCACACCUGUCCGGCAGGGCAGCCUGCAGAGCCAUUCCCGGUUUCUGCUCCGAGAUGCCCAGAGUCGAGGGUCGAUACGUGUACACGGACAACCGGGAGUUCGGAGCGGUCGCCACUCUGAUCUGCAAGCCCGGCUACGAGGCAAUUGCCGGCGAUACAUUCUACUGUGGUAACGAGGGAGCGUGGGACAGUAUCGGCAUCUGUACACUUAUUGAUAACUAUUGCCCGCUGAUCAACACCGACGCUGGAAGUGCUCGCUACACUGGCAAACGACGGUUAGGAUCCACGGUAGCAUUUUCAUGUGAGCUUGGUUACAACAACACCGGACCGUUCGAAUGCCAUCCCGGCAACAAAACAAGCGGGAACUGGUCCGGAAGCCAGGGUUGUCAGCUGAUCACCGACUUCUGUGCUUUGGAACUGAACAACACCGUCGGCGGUCAGAUUGAAUACCCGGCAAUCAAGUCGUUGGAUUCCAAAGCCGUACUGAGUUGUGGCAAAGGAUAUAAGCUGGAAAACACCCCAGACUACUUGUGCAUAGUGGCCGACGACAGCAACAGCACAGGGAUCUGGAACGGAACGGGAUUAUGCGAAGUUGACACGCAGGGAACGAAUGCCAGGGAGGGCUUCGACAUCCUUCUGCCAAGCGUUGCCGCCUCAAUCGCUUUCUUCAUCUGCUUCUGCAUCUCCAUGUGGGUUUGGCAGAAGAAAAAGGAAAAGAAAGGCAUUACUAAGAAGCACUCGUCACACAAUCGUCGCCAAAAAUCCAGGAGGCAUGCCGACCGCACCACCAUGGAUAACGACAAGGGCUACGAAUUCUGGCCUGGGCAGCAGGCCCAAGGCGGCAAAGCCUACGAGGAAAGCGCACUCACUAGGGGAGGAGAACUGCCGAAGCUUAAAGACGACGACGGUGACGUGGGCGUGCUUGCGAGCUGGUCGCGGCACAUGCCGCGAGGCGCCAGGAAACCGUCCACCGCCACUGACUUCAUCAACGACUUUGAUGGCGAGGAGGAUGAGAUGGCUGGAGAGUGGAUGCUGGGUGGCGACAACGGUCAGCAGCCGGGCUACAGUAACAGUCGCUCCGGCAGCCCGCACAGCUUUACGCAGUCCAUGCUGAGCUACCAAGACGCCGCCACGUUUGGAAGCAUGAUGUCGCUGGACCGGCUUGCGCAGCAGGAUAACGUAUCGCUCAACCACCACCAGCAGCAACAGCACCAGCACCACCAGCAGCAUUACCCGGACAACCUGAUGCCGGACGCGCGGAUCUCGCGCUCGGGCAACAACAGCGUGCAUUCGUCACCGGACCAAGUACGCCGUCACUCGUCUCAGUCCAUGAGAGUUGGCAGCAGCAGCGGCAGCAGACAGCACUCAGUGGUGUCACGCAACGCCAGUAUCAGGAGCAACGGCAGCAACGUAUCGGAUGGCAGAUACCUGCGUUAUGACUCCGAGAUGAACAGCAUGUACAGCGACGCCGUCGACCAAGAUCCGCCACCGCAGCUGCAACGCAACCCCUCAGUUUCGUCUUCCGGCUACUCCAGGACGGUAUCAAGCAUGCAGUAUCCGCACGCCGACCGCAUUAGCAGCUUCCACGACUUGAGCCAGGUGGCGCACAGCAACAGCGGUAUGCUGCCGGCUCCGGGCGACGGUCCGCAGAGACGCUCCCAACACUCGCGCUCAAUGUACGCUAGUCGUGGACAGCAGCAACAGCAGCAGCAGCAACAGCAGCAGCAGCAACGACGACAACAACAACAACAACAACAACAACAACAACAACAACAACAACAACAACAACAACAGCAACAACAACAACUACUACUACUGCAGCAGCACGGGGCAGGCAAUGCCUGGGGCAGCCAGGUCUCGGAGUCCACGACUCUCUCGAUGCACAGCAUGGGUCCCGGCAGUGCGGCGGCGGCCAGUGGCUACAACACACAGGAACCAAUAGUACGCGCCAACGGUUACUCCCAGGCGCGGAGAGCCAGUGCACGUUCACAUGCCGCCAGCAACCACAGCAUGCACCAACAGCAGCAUCAACAGCACCAACAAUUUCAACCGCAGCACCAAGCGCAACAGGACGAGGACUGUUACGAGCAGCCGAUCACCAAGUCCAAAAUCUCUCUGGUACACGGUGAUGACCGUCAGCAAACAAGCGUCCAUGCAGACCCUGCCGCAGCAGCAGAGCCAAUUCCGUUUCAACGGGCAGCCAGCAUGUACAACAGGUCUAAAGACGUAAAGAGUCACGGGCAAGCUGAGGCGCCUGCAGACCCGUCUAGCAUUGGCAUGCCCGAGCCGAUGAAGCGGACGAGCAGCAAGUUCCGCCGCGUCAAGAAUGACCCGGGCACUCAGCUCGAUGCAGGCAUGACCACACCGAGAUUGCCCUCUCCCACACAGCACUCGUCCCAGCUAGAUGGCAGCCCAUCUGCUGCUUCGCUGACUCCGGGCGAGAUACAAUGCGCGUCAAAGCACGGUGAUUACUCCAAUGUCAACAAGUCGAGGAAGAGCAGCACUUCACAGCGGCGCAGACAGACGGAACACGCCGAAGCAGAGACUGCUCCGCCGAUACCUACGAAAACAGUGUUUGGCAGCGAGCCACCCCAUGGCGAGGCUAUCCUCAGACCAGUCGCCAGUUCCGGAGCCCAACAACAGAUCGCCGGGGACGACCGAAUGCCAGCGCCUCUGCCAAGGACCCGGGCGUCGCUACGGAGACCGAAGGACACUACACAGAGCGGGCUUCGGGCAUCCGGUCUAGAUCGGGCCCGCAGUAUGCGCUCCUAAGUGCUAAUCCCAGGGUGGCAGACAGGGACAACUUGGCUUGCUACUCGCCACAGGUUGAAGUCGCAGUCCUUGGGACCCAGGAAUAAUUCCCACAGUGGACUAUCAUCCGGGCAUCGCUGUGUAUGAGGGCCGGCGUUCCAUGCCUCCUCACCGAUGCAUGACCCGACUACAACUUGUGGUGUGUGUGCAGCAAGACGUUGCCAGGCCGUUGAAUGCCGGUUGUGCUGUACACAACAGGGUGCUCAAUCCCCUACGUACCGCAUAGCACGUCACGCGUGGGGUCAAGCUUGUUCCUCUCAACGCAUCCUCUUCAAGAGUAGAUAGGCAAUCAUCACUCAGAAUCUUUCUUUUUCGUGCACAUGCACCACCACUACGCAUGAACGCACAUCUUCAUGCUUGCUCACUGGAAACACAGAGAGCAUGUUCGCACAAAUUGUUGCAUGGAUAAAGCGUGUCGCACGCAAACCAACCCCACCACCUGCAUAGUCUCGCAGUUCUCAAGAACUCCGAAACUAUGUGCCUCACCAUCUUCUUCA